AUGACCUAGAGCUGCCACCCCCUGCUUCAUUGUUCUGUGUCCUUCCCGCAGCCCUCGCCUCCCACGACUACAUCUUGAAGAUCGUGCCCACCGUUUACGAAGACAAGAGUGGCAAGCAGCGGUACUCCUACCAGUACACAGUGGCCAACAAGGAGUACGUCGCCUACAGCCACACGGGCCGCAUCAUCCCUGCCAUCUGGUUCCGCUACGACCUCAGCCCCAUCACGGUCAAGUACACAGAGAGACGGCAGCCCCUGUACAGGUUCAUCACCACGAUCUGUGCCAUCAUCGGCGGGACCUUCACGGUAGCUGGCAUUCUGGACUCGUGUAUCUUCACAGCCUCGGAGGCCUGGAAGAAGAUCCAGCUGGGCAAGAUGCACUGACCACCUGCCCGCCCGGCCUCCAGCGCCCCGUCUCCUCCUGCCCUCUGUCUGGCCCAGGAUCUGGCUGCAUCCCAAAGUGGGGGUGGGGGGAGGUAGCAGGUGGCUCAUGGUUCCGCAGCUACCUCUCUUCCCCGUGCUUAACGUCAGACGAAUUACGCUGCCUGAAGUUGUGGUGCCCUUUCCCCUGGGGACCCCCAAGACCAGAGUCAGGCCAGGGGUGCUCGGGGAUGUUGGGGACCACUCCUGGGAGGGCUGUGGGACCAGCCCAGAAUCCCUGUCGACCAGCUCUCAGCCAGGCUUUGACAAUCUCUCAGCCCCCACCUCUGGAACGCACCAGUCCCUUGGUUUCCCCCUUGGGCAGCCACCCGCAGACCUGGACUCGGCUCUGGACCCG